AGCCAACUGGUGCGCAGCGGCACACGCCGCCGAGCCGUUUCUCGUGAGCUUCUCAAGAAUUGCUUGAGAACUAGAGGCUCGAGGAAUUCUCGCCGCGCCUCACCAUCCCAUCACUGCCUAUUGCUGUCUUCGAGAGGGCCAGAGGAGAGCCACUCUUAGAAUAUAUAAAUAGCGACGCAUAUUACGAAUCUAUGGACAAAACUGCUAGCAUAUAAUAACUUUGAUGUUGUUUGUAAACUAAAUCUGAGGCGCCCUUGAUGCACUGGGCUAAGGGCUUGCAAUGUUGGUGUUGAAGCGACUGGACAAUUUAAGAUUUGCUGCUUUUAAAACUUUCUUUGCGAGGACUAUGGCUGAUGAAAAUUCGUUGGGUAACCUGAAAUCCAAUCCUCACUAUCAAAAAUAUGCAGAAAAAAUAAAACAACUUCAAAAAUCAUCUCCCGAUGAAUUUCUUGAGCGAAUGGAAGCUCUUAAAAGUAAACCUAAAAAGGUGAAGGAUGCUGUUAAAGGCAGAGAGUUCUCAGCUAUUUCAUCACCAAAGGAAACAUUGGAUAGCACUGGUGCAGUGACCACAUAUAAACAGAAAAAAUUAUCUGAUAUUAUGAAAAUGGAAUUAAUUGAGAACAAAACUGCAGAUGAAGUGAAGCAAAUUUGGGAGGAUUACCACAAAACAAAGGAAGUGAUUGCAGCUGUUAUUCCGGUUGAGCUAUACACAAAAAUAUAUUCCAGGGGCAAGCAGUACCCAGUUUUUCUGUUUCCAUUGCCACGUGGGCAGGGGUAUGAGUUCAUUGUAUCAGAAAUUUCUGAGCAUGAAGUACAUUUCACUCCACUGAUUUCGUAUCAGGCCUAUAAAGAAAAUGCACCAGAAUGUCUUACUCUUGUUCAUUAUGCGGAACUGCAAUCCAAGGGGAUUAUACUAAUGCGCGGAGAUUACAAUAAAGAUAUUUUGGAUGGAAAGGAAUCUCAAUGUUUGGCAAAUCAGCUACAGAUGUAUUAUGGCCAGGACAACGAGAAACGGCUGAAUCUAUUGGAGAGAUUUACUUCAAGACCAGAUGACUUCAGACACAUGGAUCUUAUUGCAGAAUUAGAAUGUCUUAGUCUAUAGAUAUGGAGGAAAACAUAUUAACAGUGCUGUGAUAAUUUCACUUAGAAAUUGUUUUCCUAUUUCUGACAAAUAAAUUAAAGUUUCUACUUGAAAUACACUGGUAAUUGAGAUGCAAUGUAUAUUGUGCUUUCUGAUGGUGCAGUGGAAAUGGCAGGAGGUCUGCUGCAUCACCAUGGCUCAAAUUUAAUGUUACCACUGGUCGUGAAUGUCAGGAUCUCAUGGAAUUAAAUGUCACAUCUUUUUUGCCAACUUCAAAAAGAAAUAAUGCUAUGCGAGUUGAAAACUGGCAGUACAAUAUAGGCCACAAAAUACUUCUUACUAUUUCAUUUAGUGUCACAGUUCUAAUUCUUUAGGUAGGACAAUUUUACUGCUUCCCAAUUAUUGGUGUGAUGAAACUGUUCAGAUCUUCCUGCUUUCACUUUGAUAUGGUGUCCAAUGUAUUGCAUGAAACUGGAUUAGAUUUGUCAUAAAUAAAGUUUCGAGGACACUUUUCACUAAA